CACGUCCCCCCCGUGUCCCCACAGCUGCAGGCGCAGAAGCUGCGUCUGGCCCACAGCCGGGGGCCCUUCUACAGCGGCUCCCUGCCCAACGUCAACCAGAUCGGCACCGGCGUUCCCGACUUCCAGGGCCCGUCGCCGCUGGAUUCCACGCGGAGCACGCGGCACCACCCUCCCGUGUCAGGGAACGGGGUAACGGGCCCGUGGAUCACUGCGGGGCUCCCUGCCUCCCCUGAUCCCACUUUCUCCCUCCUCAGGACCAUGCCCUGGAACAAUUUCCCCAUGGAAAAAGGACAUUUAUUCCGGCUUCCCUCAGCUCUCAACAGGACGAAUUCCGACUCGGCGCUGCACACGAGCGUGAUGAACCCCGCGCCCCAGGACGCCUACCUGGGCCCCUCGCAGGCCGGGCCGCCCCCCGGCCGCCGCGCCGGUUUCCUGGACGGGGACUCGGAUAGCAAAGUGUUUCUUUUCCAAGUGCCUCCCAUCGAAGAGAACUUCGACGACAACAAGCACUCGCUGAAGCCCUGGGACACCAAGAAGCUCUCGUCCUCCUCGGCCCGGCCGCGCUCCUGUGAGGUCCCGGGAAUCCACAUAUUCCCAUCCCCGGAUCAACCUGCCAACGUGCCCCUCAUGCCCUCGGCCCUCAACACGGGGGGGUCCCUGCCCGACCUGACCACGCUGCACUUCCCGUCCCCCCUGCCCACGCCCCUGGACCCUGAGGAGGCCCCGUACCCGCCCCUGAGCGGGGGCAGCAGCACCUCCAACCUGGCCACCACCAUGACCCACCUGGGCAUCAGCGGCACCGGCGGCGUCGGGCUGGGCUACGACCCCCCAGGACUCCCCUCACCUCUGCAGAGCUCCCUGAGUAACCCGUCCCUGCAGUCCUCCCUGAGCAAUCCCAACCUUCAGGCCUCCCUGCGCAGCCCCUCGCUCCAGGCCUCCCUCAGCAACCCCUCGCUCCAGUCCUCCCACAGCAGCUCCUCCAUCCCCUCCUCUCUCUCCAACCAGUCCCUGCCUUCCUCCCUGUCCUCCUCGCUCUCCAACCCCUCGCUGCCCACGUCCCCCCGCAGCCAGCCCCUCCAGUCCUCGCCCAGCAACCCCAGCCUGCCCUCGGGGCUGGGGGGCUCCUUCGCGGCCACCUCGCCGCGCCGGCGGGUCCCGCUCAGCCCCCUGUCCCUGCCCGUGGCCGGCGACUGCAGACGGCAGCACCCCAAACAGUUCUCACCAACAAUGUCACCCACAUUGUCCUCCAUCACCCAGGUACGCAUCGUCCCCACGCUCCAGCGCCGCCGCCUCCUCUUCCUCGGCCUCCUCCUCCUCCUUUUCCUCCUUUCCCCUCCCUCCUCGGCCUCUGCCCCGUCCUCCUUCUCAUCCUUCUUGUGCUCCUCCUCUUUGUCUUCUUUUUCUUCCUUCUCUUCCUCCUCUUCCCCAUCCUCGUCCUCGUCUUGGACCUCAUCUUUGUCCUCUGUCUUCAUCCUCCUCUUCCUCCCCCUGACGCUGGACGGGCUGAGCAUGCUGAGCGACCCCUGCGCGCUGCUCACCGACCCCGCCGUCGAGGACUCCUUCCGCUCCGACCGCCUCCAGUGA